AUAUAAACCCCAACCCUCGGGUGGCAGGCAAUGUUGGUGCUAUUUGUGCUACCUAUUAUCGUCUAGUCAUCACGGCACGAGAAGAACAUAUACAACACUUCGAGACUGGGCACAUAAAAUGGUUAUUUCUCUCAUCGUUUUUUAUAUGAUCUCUUCUCAAUAACCCCCUCCCCCAAGGCCUCCUCAAAGACAUAAUUUUGGCUCUUUCACACCCCCUCUUGCUUUCACUAGAGCCACAGUUCUUUAUUAAUGCCUCUGUCGACUUGUCAUUACAGACUUGAUUAAUUAGCCGCCAGCAAUAUAUCAUCACCUUUAUAACAUAUUAUUAAUCGCCUAUGUGCUGUCCGGUCCAAGUGGUUUACACAAGAAAACGUGAAUAAUCUUGUGGAAAACAUCCAGGAUAAGUCAGAAAGGAUGGAGGAAGCAGGGGGGCAAGCAUCUAAGAGCCUAUGGAAUGCAUUCUUUCGGAGGAAAGCUGUUGCUGUUGGGGAGCAUCGUGACGAUGAGAAAUCACAAUGGAAUAUGGGAAUGCUAAAUGAUAGGGAGACCAUAGAAGUGCCAGGAUCUGUCCUCCUCCUUGCCCAGGGUCGAAAUGAACCUCUCGGUCUUCGGAAUGCUCCGGCUAGGACAUCUCAUUCUUCUCUACCAACUGGCUUACCUCAUCCUCAGGAUGCACCACCACAGCCGAUAGAUAAAGAGCUUGAUGAAAAGAAAAAGACAAAAGAUGGGCAAAUAAUCCUUGAUCCUCAACCGGAUGAUUCACACAACGACCCGCUGAACUGGCCAACCUGGCGCCGAGAUUUUGCUUUAUUAUCGUUAGGCCUUUAUUGUGCAGUGGGUGGCGGGAUUACGCCCAUCAUCGCGGCGGGCUUCACUGACGUCGCAAACGAUUACCGUGUCGACGUUUCUAAGGUUUCUCUAACAACAGGCUUGUACAUGAUGGGCCUUGGUAUUGGUAGUGUCGUAUUCUCGCCUACUGCGAUCCUGUAUGGGAAACGUCCGGUCUAUCUCUACAGCGUGAUACUCUUUAUUCUAUCGGCAGUAUGGUGCGCUCUAUCACCCAAUUUCACUUCGCUGAUACUAGCCCGGAUCUUCCAAGGAAUUGCUGUGAGCCCUGUUGAAUGUCUGCCAUCCGCCACCAUUGCCGAGAUAUUCUUCUUGCACGAGAGAGCGUAUCGUAUCGGCGUAUAUACCUUAUUGCUACUUGGUGGCAAAAAUUUGGUUCCUCUCGUUAGUGCUGCUAUCAUUGAACGACUGGGGUGGCGGUGGGUAUUUUGGAUAGUUGCGAUCGUGGUUGCUUCCUGCGGUGCCCUGCUGUUCUUCUUCGUCCCAGAGACAUUCUGGGAUAGAUCGCCAAUACCAAGGUCACGGCGGCCAAAGCGACCCAGUCUUUUUAGUAGGAGGUCAUCGGCUCGGCAAGCCUCCCAGUCUCAUCUCAGCGAGGGUGCCGUUAUCAAUCGAGAAAAAUCAACGGUAAAUAUAGGUAGAGAGGGAUAUGUAGAGAGCCACCACGAACCUGCAGGAUCACCGCAGCCGCGGCACAAAGGUGUUCACGUCGGAUUUGCCCCCGGUCCUAGAGAGGAUUUCGCCUCUGACAUAGAACACGCCCGCGAUACCUUGACGCUUUCAAGGGAGAAGGACUCCAUAGCUGAUAAAGAGUGGUCGUAUACUGGUCCUACGUCGAAAGCCGACGAACCGCAUACCCUCCGUCCAAACGCAAUCCGCUCACAAUCAAACAGCAGCGCCUGGUCUCGGGCAAAUCGGGGAAGCCAAGGUCAUCUUACCCCCCAGACACCGCAACUGUACAAUCACAAUUCGACACCUUAUGAGAAUCCCUCCGAUGACUAUUUUCGGGCAAGGAGGGGACAUGAGAAUAAUGUCGCGCACGGGACGGUCCACUCCGACACGGAGAGUGAGAAGAUGUCAUUCUCAAACCUAGCAACGAUAACCAGAGGACAAGCUUAUACACACGCCCUGCGAAAUGCCCCGCCAAAAUCGUUCACCCAGCAGUUGAAGGUCCAUCAUGGCCGACUUAACCAAGAUAGAUGGUGGAAGGCAGCCGUUCGUCCUCUUAUCCUUUUCUCCUACCCAUCGGUGCUCUGGUCGGCUGCGGUGUACGCAUGCUCGAUCGGUUGGCUGAUCGUCAUCUCGGAAUCGGUAGCCGUUAUAUACCGGGAAGGCAUAUAUCAAUUCAACGCCCUGCAAACAGGUCUUAUCUAUAUCUCACCAUUCAUAGGUGGUGUCUUAGGCACAGCAGUCGCUGGAAAAGUAAGCGACAUUAUUGUCAGAGCAAUGGCACGUCGGAAUGGGGGCCUCUACGAACCCGAAUUCCGGCUUGUGAUGGCAAUCCCAGUGACCGUGACGACGGUUAUCGGACUCAUGGGAUUUGGGUGGUCAGCUAGUGUAGAUGAUCCAUGGAUUGUCCCGACGGUUUUCUUCGGAGUGGUGUCAUUUGGCUGUGCGCUGGGCUCCACCACGUCCAUCACGUUUUGCGUCGAUAGCUACAGACAAUAUGCCGGAGAGGCUCUAGUGACGUUGAACUUCAGCAAGAACAUAUUUCACGGACUCGUAUUUAGUGUAUUUGUUACGGAAUGGCUCACGGAAGACGGCUCUAAGAUGGUCUUUCUCUGGCUCGGCAUUAUUCAGCUCAUCCUUCUCUUAUUCACGAUACCCAUGUAUAUUUUCGGCAAGAGAGCUCGAAUGUGGACCGUACGGAAGAAUUUCAUGGAGAAGUUUUGAGAUUAGACGGCAAAGUCUUUAUUUCUUAUGAAAGGGAUGUGUCUGUAGAUGUUUUUUUUUUUCAUUAAAAUGGAGGGGGUUGGGUUGACUCUUGAGGUAUAUUUACUGAGGCAUAUUUACAUGUACAUACCCAUCUACAUACAGGUACAGUAUAAUAUGUAGGUAUAACCUUAGAAGUACAUGUACUUAUCGACGUCCUGAAGGUACCCAGCUAGGUAGGUAAGUUAGGUAUGUACUUAGUAAUAUUGAUAGAUAUCUACAUAUGUACAUAUCCAUGAUAUAUACUGUACACACAUUA